AUGAAAGUGUUCCGAACGCCGAUUUUCUCAAUGAGCGAGGAGAAGCCGGGGGUUGUCAGCUGCCGUGUUGGACCUGCAGACGAGCCUAUGGACCAAGACCUUCGCCGGUCGUUUGACGGCAUACAGACAGACGCCGCAAAAGUAAGACCGUACGUCCCUUCCGAGUUUGCGUCGGAUCCCCUGUACGCAGCUCCUACGGAUGAGGAAGAGCGCCUCGCGAAGGAGGCUAAGCAGGCACGUCGAAACGCAACGCAGCCCAAGACUGGAACCCGAAGCCGAAAGCGCGCAAAGAAAGAUAAUUAG